AAAACUCCCAGCUCAGCCCUAGUUUCUAAACAUCCACACAUAUGUUGUCUGCCUAGAUCUCUAUUCACAGCUCAAGAUCUGUGUUUUUUCAAAGUAAAGGUUGCGAAUUUGUUGAUUUGUGAAUCGCAGGUCUACCUAGUUUUCAACCUCGCUCGUUUGUGAAUCCCAGGUUAUGGCACCUAGUAAGCAAUGGAUGCAACUUGUUGAUAAUCGACUCGAUGAAGCCUACUUAGUCGGCUCGAUGAAGCCUACUCAAUGGUGCGGCAAACCUUGUAUGUUAGUAGUUGAAGUAAAAUCAACAUAUGAAAACAGAAAUGUUCUUUUCUAGAAAAGAUAGCACCUCCAAACUGGUAAGUCAAUCCUUCUAAUUUCAAAUUCAAAAAGAUGUGGUUUUGCAAAGUUACUUGGUGAGGGAUGUCCAUACUUCUUACUUAUGCGAAAGCUAGGGAGUCUCAGAAAGGACAUUACUGCUAGCAACAGAAAGAGGUAUUUGGCAAGGUUGAUGCAAAAAUAAGCAAAGCACUGGAUGAACUGUUAGUAGUAGAGCAGACGUCUGUCUUACACAAGCUGAAAAAGAUAAAAGACUGAAUCUGAAAUUGAACUGCCAAGGAAAUUAGUAUUAAAAAUAGAGCUGCCUACAAAAGUAGAUUGUUUCAUCUGGGCUGCACUUUUUCUGAAGCUUGUAUGACUCAGGACCUUUGCAAAAGGAAUAUGCAACCAAUAAACAGAUACUACAACAUCUCUAUGCUUGGUCUUUCUCUUGUUCAAUGAAAUACUUGCUUACAAUAUGUAUGAAGGAUAAAUUUGAGAGUGUUGACAUGAUUGAUCAUCAUGAUCAUAUAUUGGGAUGGAUGAAAGAGUUAUGGAACAAAUGGAGAGGACACUUGCAUGCCAAAUAUGUGAAGGAUAAGCCAAUCUAUCAGGCUCUUAAGAAUCUUCCAAAGGGAGUGGGCAAGAAAGAAUGGGAGUGGUUAGUAAAUGAACAUUUUUCUUCAGAAAGUUUUCAGAUUGAAGAAAUGGUUCAAUCGGAUAUGUCUCUACCUAGCAUAGAGAUAGUAGAAAAAUAUUGUGGACCUCAAACUCGUAGCCAUGUAUUUGGAUUUGGGGGCGGAGUAACGGCGAAAGACUUGAAAGGUGGCACUUCUUCAAAGGUUAAAGUACUGUCCGCGCUGCGUUCAACUAGAGAGGAAAAUAAAUCUUUGAGUAAGGAAAACAAAUCCUUACAUGAUCGCUUGUCUACCUUAGAAGAUGAGAUGAAAGAAAUGAAGAAAAUAAAGGAAUUCUUUGCUGGUCAACAAUCACAUGUCUCGCCUACGACAAUGCUCGCUUCAACUGAAUGAUCACUAUUUUUUUCUACUGAUUAAGUUAGUAACCAUAUACCCUGCUUUUUAAUUUUUUUUGUUGAUUUUUAUAGUCAUUUCUGUCUUAUUGCUAUCUCUGUUGCAUCCAUGAAUUUAUAUUCCUUCAAAUUAAAACUAUGGGCAGACGCACUCAGCUGGUACAAAUAGAAAGGCUCGUCCACGGAGUAAUGACACUAGCGAGUAAACUACGAGUUUUA